GAGCCUCUCCUGGAGCACACGUGCUGUGGGGAGUGGAAAUGGCUGGCUUUAGCAGCAAGAGCUUUGUCUUGACUUCUCUGCUGGGGCUCCUAGCACUGCUUCUGUGUGGCAUCUCUGAAGCACAAACCAAUCAGGAUUGCUGCCUGUCUUACACCAAACUGCGUCUGCCCCGGUGGGUGUUAAAGGGCUACACUGAACAGCUCUCCAGUGAAGUCUGUGAUAUCCCUGCCAUCAUCUUCCACACCUACGGUGGGCUGAAUGCCUGUGUAAAUCCUAAAGAUGCCUGGGUGAAGAAGCAUCUUCUUUUCCUGAGCUAUAAACUCAAGAAGAUGUCAACGUGAUAUGGUUUCCAGCAGGGAACUAAACACAGACGUGGCACAAGAACCACUAUGUUCAACCUCUUGGUUGAGGUUGUUGCCUUGUACACUGUUGUGUGCUUACUCACACAUCUCUGGCUUCUUUGGAACCAUUGAACUUCUUGAGUUGAUUCAUAUUGCAUCACUGUUUUGCUUGAAUUAAGCAUUUUAUUCAAGUUUUGAUUGUUACUAAUAUGUGUCAGUUACUAAUAUGAUAUAAGAGUACAGAGUAUGAAUUUUAUUAACUGUAUUGCAUGUUAUUUUUUGUUUGUUCAGCAAGUGUAAAGCAGGUUAUUUAUUCUGACUAUUUUGUUACUUUGGCACUGUCUUGUGCCAAAAUGUUUCCUUUUAACUGUAGUUAGCAUUAGAAUAUUUCUUGAAUGAUUGUUAAACAAAGUCCACUUGUGGAAAAAUAGCAAUUGGAGUUAUA